UGAAAAAGAAAGGGAGAGAGGAAAAAGAGAACUUCCAAAGAGCUGAAAUAAAAUAGCAAGUCCCUCCUCCAUUAAACUUCCUGCAAGAGAAAGAAAACAAGUAGGAGCGAAGCGGAGCAGAGGAGACCCAGUUCGAAGCUGCCUUUUUGGUUUGCCCUGUCUGAGAGGAAUGGACGCAAGAUCAGGGGAAGUGAAGGCAAAAGCUGAGGAAGUUGAGCUUCUGAACGACGGCGGGGAGCUGAAGAAGGACAACCCCAACGCGAAGGAAGAGCAAUCGGGUGCCUCUAAGGCUCCCCAGAAUGAUGCUGCGAAGCAUGCCGCUGCUGGAUCUUCCGAUCUGGGUGCGUUUCAGCUCUGGGCAAACUCCCCCAGGCCCGGGGGAUUGUCAGCAGCUGGACCAAGCGCUUUGAAUUUUUCGCCGAAUCAGCUGACCAUUUUCUACAGUGGAAGUGUCAGUGUAUUUGAUGGAAUUCCAGCAGACAAGGUCCGUGAGAUUAUGCUUAUUGCUGCUGCUGCUGCUAAACCUGGAGAGGUGAAGAGUACGGGGAACUACUUCCCACCUGCAUCACCAGUCCUUACAAGGUCUCCUUCGAUGCAGAGUACUUCAACUGCCUUGGCUUCACCGAAUCCCCAUAUGUACCCAAUUCCGAACAAUCCUUUGUGCAAGUUGCAAGCUGAUUUGCCAAUUGCAAGGAGACACUCUCUCCAACGAUUUUUUGAGAAGCGACGUGACAGGUUGGUGAACAAGGCUCCUUACCCGAGCCCAACGGUGGCAGCUGAAGAAAAGGAGACCAAUCUCAAUACCGCGGCUUCACCCGAUAUCAAGAACCCACCUGUCCCGCAGGAUGAGAAUCAACUGAAAGCUUCAGCUCAGUUUGCUCAAGGCUAAAUGUCCUGUUACUAAGUGUUAACCUGUCUCUGUCGCUGUACUACGUAACGGGCUAUGUAAUAGAUGUAUAUGUCGUGCCACUCUGUAGUCACCUAGUAUGUGUUCAAUGGUCGUCUUGCUUUGGAGCUAUAUUAGUGUUCUAAUCUCCAUAGGGAUUUAAGUGUUGCCAGAAUCGGGGAGGAUGUCGAUUAAUUUGCUACCUAAAA